CAGUGGAGAAUAACUGGCUUCGCAAAUGGGCGGCUGCGCUGCGUUCAGUUUCAGUGUAGCCACCGUUCGGAGAGCACGCGAUCCGAUCCCCGCACCAAAUUCUCAUCUCCGUAUCCCCAAGAUGUCCCUAGUGCGAUUGAUCGGAGCAGAGGCCCGCCAUCUGGCGAAGAGGUCCUACUCCUCGGCCGCUCCCACCACCAAGCUCUUUAUCGACGGCAAGUUCGUCGAGUCCAAGACGAACGAAUGGAUUGACGUGCACGACCCGGCCACCAACCAAGUGGUCACCCGCGUGCCCAAGGCCACACAGGCGGAGAUGCAGACGGCCCUCGAGUCGAACAAGAAGGCCUUCCGCUCGUGGAGCAACCAGUCGAUCCUCACCCGCCAGCAGGUGAUGUUCAAGCUGCAGGCUCUCAUCAAGGAGAACAUGGGCGAGCUGGCCAAGAACAUUACCAAGGAGCAGGGCAAGACUUUGGCCGACGCCGAGGGCGACGUGCUCCGCGGCCUUCAGGUGGUGGAACACUGCUGCAGCAUCCCGUCCCUGCAGAUGGGUGAGACAGUGGCCAACGUGGCCAAGGACAUGGACACGUACUCGCUGGUCCUGCCCCUCGGAGUGACCGCUGGCGUUGCGCCGUUCAAUUUCCCGGCCAUGAUACCGCUGUGGAUGUUCCCGGUGGCCAUCACCACCGGCAACACCAUGCUGCUGAAGCCAUCGGAACGUGUGCCCGGUGCAACCAUGCUGCUGAUGGAGCUCCUGAACGAAGCCGGCUGCCCGCCGGGUGUGGUCAACGUGAUCCAUGGCCAGCACGACGCCGUGAACUUCAUCUGCGAUGCUCCCGAAAUCAAGGCAGUGUCCUUUGUGGGCUCCGACCAGGCGGGCAAGUACAUCUACGAGCGGGCUGGCAAGAAUGGCAAGCGGGUGCAGUCCAACAUGGGCGCCAAGAACCACGGCAUCAUCCUGGGCGAUGCCAACAAGGAGAACACUUUGAACCAGUUGGCCGGUGCCGCUUUCGGAGCUGCUGGUCAGCGCUGCAUGGCCUUGUCCACGGCUGUCUUCGUGGGCGAUGCCCAGGCAUGGAUUCCCGAUCUCGUGGAGCGUGCCCAGAAGCUGAAGGUAAAUGCCGGCCAUGUGCCUGGAACUGAUGUGGGACCCGUGAUCAGUGCCGCCUCCCGCCAACGCAUCAACGACCUGAUUGAGUCUGGGGUCAAGGAGGGAGCUAAGCUCAUCCUGGACGGCAGGAAGAUUACCGUGCCCGGUUACGAGGAUGGAUACUUUGUGGGACCCACCAUCCUGAGCGAUGUUACGCCCAGCAUGAAGUGCUACACCGAGGAGAUCUUUGGCCCUGUGUUGGUCAUCCUGAAGGCCGACACCUUGGACGAUGCCAUUGGCAUUGUGAAUGCCAAUCCCUAUGGCAAUGGUACCGCCGUCUUCACCACCAACGGAGCAGCCGCCCGCAAGUUUGUCAACGAAAUCGAUGCCGGCCAGGUUGGCGUGAAUGUGCCAAUUCCCGUGCCCCUGCCCAUGUUCUCCUUCACCGGAACUCGUGGCUCUUUCCGCGGCGACCAUCACUUCUACGGCAAGCAGGGCAUCAAGUUCUACACCCAGACGAAGACGGUCACCCAGUUGUGGCGGGAAACGGACGUGACUCACACCCAGGCGGCUGUGGCCAUGCCCACCAUGAAAUAGGCAGACUUUGAGGAGAUUCUGGAGAAGAUUCAGAGAAUCAGAAACAGAAAGGUUCCACGUAUUGAAUUUCUGGAUGCUUGCACACAGGACGUAUUUAGAAGCUAGAUACAAAGAAAUUAUUGCAUUUAUUUUUGUGCCUGUUUAUUAGAUGUAAGACGAGUAAUGAUAUGUAAAUGAUAGCAAUAAAACGUUUAUUGUGUAAAA